AUGUGUGCCUCCAGUAACACUCAAAUGUCGACCUGGGCCUGCCCUGGUUGCUCUACGCCGUGCGACGAUGCAAAAGCGCUUGUUGAGCAUCUUGCGUUAUCCCACUUUGCUGAAGUAAAAGCAACAAACACAAGCUUUCCAAAAAAGAGAAAACGACAGCCAUCGGAAAUCGACGGCGAAGUGGCUUGUCGAAGGCCAAGAGGCGAGAUUGAUUAUGUUUGCCCAUAUCCACAUUGUGGACAGAAAACACAGUACUCAACGAAAUCCAACCUUCUGCGCCAUUUCUCUACCCAUUACACAGACUUUGAUGGUGCCGAAAUUCAAUGUCCCCGUUGUCUUAAGCUAAAGCAUAACUUGGGAGCGCUUUCCGCACAUUGGGAAAAGUCAUGCAGAAGGAGAUUUAGCAACAGUCGGUUUACCACCCGCGGGAGGAACAGGACCGAGUCGACAUUUUUGAGGAAGAAAAAGCCGCUGUAA